AUGAUCAAGUUGUUAAACUUUUUAUAACAAGUAUCCUCCUAGGCUGUACAAUGAUAUUUUGAGACAUUCCUCGCCUUACAUUGCAACACUAAUUAUUUAGCGACCAUUUUCAAUUAAUUAAUUCUUAAUUCGAAUUUCAAUUCGUUGCUGAUCUCUAACUCUAUAUUCACGAGCCAAUGCGGAUCAAAAUACGUAAUAUCUCCUGAUAAGAACUCUACCCGACAAGGAAACUCGCAAUUUGCCAGGCCAGAAGUGCUGGAAGUCAUCCGAGAUGCCACGAGCGCGCUGCACCGACGAGAUGUCGACCGUCCAUUUAAGCGCUCUCGGCCGCUGUGACCGGUCUCCGUCCCCUGCUCCGAACCACAUCAUGGAUGCCGGGGAGUACCGCCGCAGAGGCUACGAGAUGGUGGAAUACAUCGCUGACUACCUCGAAAACAUCCGCGAGCGACGCGUGUUCCCAGACGUCAAGCCGGGGUACAUGCGCGAGCUUAUCCCUAGCGAGGCUCCCGAGCACUCGGAGCCUUGGGAUGACAUCUUCAGGGACGUCGAGCGAGUCAUCAUGCCUGGGGUCACGCACUGGCAGAGCCCCAACAUGCACGCGUACUUCCCGGCCCUGACAUCCUACCCGUCACUGCUGGGCGACAUGCUGGCCGAUGCUAUCAACUGCCUCGGCUUCACUUGGGCAUCUUCUCCGGCAGUGACAGAGCUCGAAAUGAUCGUCAUGGACUGGAUCGGCAAGAUGAUCAACUUGCCACCGGAGUUCCUUCACUCGUCGCCUGGAGAUGGAGGCGGAGUCAUUCAGACGACAGCGUCAGAGGCGACGUUCGUGUCGCUUCUGGCGGCUCGUACGGAGGCGAUCCAGACGCACCAGCUGCGCUUCCCUGACCUGGACGACGCGGAGAUCAACUCGCGCCUCGUGGGUUACUGCUCUGACCAGGCCCACUCGUCAGUGGAGAAGGCAGGUCUUAUCGGCCUGGUCAAAAUGCGCUACAUCGAGAGCGACGAGAAGCUGAGCAUGCGGGGGGACGAACUUGCGGCUGCCAUCACCAGUGACAGGGAGAAAGGCCUCAUCCCCUUCUUCCUGUGCGCCACCCUCGGAACGACCGGCGCUUGCUCGUUCGAUAACCUCGAGGAGCUAGGCCCCAUCUGCGAGAAAGAGAACAUCUGGAUGCACGUUGACGCAGCGUACGCAGGAGCAGCGCUCAUUUGUCCCGAAUUUCGCACGUUCAUGAAAGGCGUAGAAUACGCAAAAUCCUUUGCAUUUAACGCAUCCAAGUGGCUGCUGGUGCACUUUGACUGCACCUGCAUGUGGGUGAAGAACAGCGGUUCAUUGCAUCGCACCUUCAACGUAGAUCCAAUCUACCUACAGCACGAGAAUACCGGUAUCGCUAUUGACUACAUGCACUGGCAGAUCGGGCUGAGCAAGCGCUUCCGUGCGCUGAAAGUGUGGUUUGUGCUGCGCAACUAUGGAAUCGUUGGCCUCCAGAGCCAUAUUCGAGAGAGCGUGCGCAUGGCUGCAAAAUUCGAGGCAUUUGUACAUUCGGAUCCACGUUUCGAAAUUCCGUACGAGCGGCACAUGGGCAUGGUGGUGUUCCGUCUGAUCGGCGAGAAUGAGCUCACGGAGAAGCUCCUUAAGAAACUCAACUCAUCAGGGCAACUGCACUGCGUGCCAGCGAGCUUGAGAGGAACUUAUGUGAUCAGGUUCACUGUGACGUCGCCGCACACGACGGUGGAAGACCUCACCAGGAACUGGUCCUUCAUCCGCCACGUGGCGUCUGAAGUGCUCGCCAGCACCGCCUCCGUCGAGCACAAGACACGCGUGCCUCUCAAAGAGACUCGCAAGAAUCCCAACUUCGGCACAUCGCUUCUGCUCGCCAACUCUCCGAUGUCACCAAAGAUCGUCAACGGCUCCUUUGCGGCCAUAUUUGACAACAACGACGUGUUGUACGAGUUUGCUAAGAAGCUCCAGCAGCUCAAACUAGACGUCAAAGAUUCUCCUGGACGGGUGGGCGUGCUUUACAAGUCAUUAGUGAUAUUGUACGUUCUGCUAAGAGGCUCCGACCGACGUGGAAUAGCAAUGCGUCGCCGAAUCCGUGGGAUGCUGAUGUCCGGCAAGCACUACAGUCUGGACUCUCGCAUGGACCUCGUGCAAUCUGUUGCUGCUUCCAAGGAUCAGGAUGAUGAUUCCAAAGAGAAUCACUUGCCUCCCAUGCGUGAGAGCAGCAUGGAGAGUGCCAACAAUUUCGAUGGUUCAUACAACCUGCAGACGCUCGACACAGCGUGCCAAACUGAACUGGACCUGCUUUUCAACGGAGGAAACUUGCGUCAUCGCUCACUCAGCGUGGAUGGCAAUAUGGACGACCUUGUUGCGGACACUAGAGGCCCAAAAAAAAUCAAUGAGGUUUUGUCGGUCCACAACGCGGAGGGCGGCAAGGGUUUGAUGGUCCGUGAGCUGGAGCGUGGUACGGGCGCUCUACGCCAGCAGGGCACCGUCUACUGCCGUCACUGCGGCACCGAGUUCGCCGCUAAUCGCUGAAUGUUACGAGCUCCAGCUAAUUCCGUCUCCUCGUAACAUCGCUAUCGAUAUUCAUGAUCCAAACCGCGUAUCGUUUACAUUGAAUCAAAUUUACCGUCAGUGAGAAAAGUAAUUAUCAAUUGAAUAUGUGUGUCCAUUUAACCCACUUUAUUGACAAUGUAGCAGUAAAAAUAUUAAAUAAAACCAACGCCGUUAGUCAGUUGGAAAACUGUGUGCACCUCUCGCAUUUGCACGAUUAGGUUCACUCAGUGUAGGGAUCGUUUUAGUCCUCAUGAGAUUUCGAUGUAUUAGUCAUUAUAAGGCAUGUGUAUUUUUCGAUGUUGUGGUCUUUAUAUUAACCGUAUCCGACGAAGAUUUACGACAAUAUACUUAUAUACUUAUUUAACAGAAAACACUGAAUAAAGAUCAUAAUAGAGUCCUAAAUGUCAUGAUAAGAGGUCUUAAAAUUUUCAGGAUGCAUUUAACGUAUUUUAAAUUUUAUUUUUA